GAACGGGGCAGCGUGGGAAACUUAGCCUGGGCUGGCCGACUCGGCCGCCCCCGCCCUGCGCGGCAGACGGAGCGACGCGGGCCGCGGCCCCUUUAAGAGAGGCCACGCCCCCACCCCUCCUCCCGGCGCGGCGGGCGGUCGGUGGCGGCCGCUACGGUGCUGACAAGAUGGCGGCUGGCGGGGCUGUUGCUGCGGCGCCGGAGUGCCGGCUUCUGCCCUACGCGCUGCACAAGUGGAGCUCCUUCUCCUCCACUUACCUUCCCGAAAACAUUUUAGUGGAUAAACCAAAUGACCAAUCUUCAAGAUGGUCUUCAGAGAGCAACUAUCCUCCCCAGUACUUGAUUCUGAAGCUUGAAAGGCCAGCUAUAGUUCAGAAUAUCACAUUUGGAAAAUAUGAGAAAACUCAUGUCUGCAAUUUGAAGAAAUUUAAAGUCUUUGGUGGAAUGAAUGAAGAAAAUAUGACAGAGCUACUGUCGAGUGGUUUAAAGAAUGAUUAUAACAAAGAAACAUUCACCUUGAAACAUAAAAUUGAUGAACAGAUGUUUCCUUGCCGAUUCAUUAAAAUAGUUCCACUCUUGUCCUGGGGGCCCAGCUUUAACUUUAGCAUCUGGUAUGUUGAACUUAGUGGCAUCGAUGAUCCUGAUGUGGUACAACCUUGUCUCAACUGGUACAGCAAGUACCGUGAACAGGAAGCCAUUCGCCUUUGCCUAAAACACUUCAGACAACACAACUAUACAGAGGCUUUUGAAUCCUUGCAAAAGAAAACUAAGAUCGCACUGGAGCAUCCUAUGUUAACAGAUAUGCAUGACAAACUGGUGUUGAAGGGCGACUUUGAUGCUUGUGAAGAGUUGAUUGAAAAAGCUGUAAAUGAUGGCUUGUUCAAUCAGUAUAUCAGUCAACAGGAAUAUAAACCACGAUGGAGUCAAAUCAUACCCAAAAGCACCAAAGGUGAUGGAGAAGAUAACCGACCAGGAAUGAGAGGAGGCCAUCAGAUGGUUAUUGAUGUUCAGACAGAGACCGUUUAUUUGUUUGGUGGCUGGGAUGGAACACAAGAUCUUGCUGACUUCUGGGCAUACAGUGUGAAGGAGAACCAGUGGACAUGUAUCUCUAGAGACACUGAGAAAGAGAAUGGUCCCAGUGCCAGAUCAUGUCACAAAAUGUGCAUUGAUAUUCAACGGAGGCAAAUCUACACAUUGGGACGUUAUUUGGAUUCCUCUGUGAGGAACAGCAAAUCUCUGAAAAGUGACUUCUAUCGUUAUGACAUUGACACAAACACAUGGAUGUUACUCAGCGAAGAUACUGCUGCUGAUGGCGGGCCCAAAUUGGUGUUUGAUCAUCAGAUGUGUAUGGACUCAGAAAAACAUAUGAUCUACACAUUUGGUGGUAGAAUUUUGACGUGUAAUGGCAGUGUAGAUGACAGCAGAGCCAGUGAACCACAAUUCAGUGGGUUGUUUGCCUUCAACUGUCAGUGUCAAACCUGGAAACUUCUUCGAGAGGACUCCUGUAAUGCUGGGCCUGAGGACAUCCAGUCUCGGAUAGGACACUGCAUGCUGUUCCACUCAAAAAAUCGUUGCUUAUAUGUAUUUGGUGGCCAGCGAUCAAAGACCUAUUUGAAUGAUUUCUUUAGUUAUGAUGUGGACUCUGAUCACGUAGACAUAAUAUCAGAUGGCACUAAGAAAGACUCUGGAAUGGUUCCAAUGACAGGAUUCACACAGAGAGCAACUAUUGAUCCAGAACUGAAUGAAAUACAUGUCUUAUCUGGUCUCAGCAAAGACAAGGAAAAGAGAGAAGAGAAUGUCAGAAAUUCAUUCUGGAUUUAUGAUAUUGUGAGGAAUAGUUGGUCUUGUGUGUAUAAGAAUGAUCAAGCUGCAAAGGAUAACCCAAGUAAAAGUCUGCAGGAGGAAGAACCAUGUCCAAGAUUCGCCCAUCAGCUUGUUUAUGAUGAGUUACACAAGGUUCAUUAUUUAUUUGGUGGGAAUCCAGGAAAAUCUUGCUCUCCAAAGAUGAGACUAGAUGACUUCUGGUCACUGAAGUUGUGUAGACCUUCAAAAGAUUACUUACUGCGGCACUGCAAGUACCUCAUAAGAAAACACAGGUUUGAAGAAAAGGCCCAAAUGGAUCCCCUAAGUGCUCUGAAAUAUUUACAAAAUGAUCUUUAUAUAACUGUGGAUCAUUCAGACCCAGAAGAGACAAAAGAGUUUCAGCUUCUGGCUUCAGCUCUAUUCAAAUCUGGUUCAGAUUUUACAGCUCUAGGCUUUUCAGAUGUGGAUCACACCUAUGCUCAAAGAACUCAGCUCUUUGACACCUUAGUAAACUUCUUUCCUGACAGCAUGACUCCACCUAAAGGCAACCUGGUUGACCUCAUCACACUGUAAGGGAAGUGGAGCACAGGAAUCUGCUCUCAGUGUUGACAGGUGUGAAGUUGCAGUGAUUGAGGGCUACAUCCCGAUGUUGAAGGGGUCCUCACCAUCACAAGUUCUAACCCUCUUCCUUCAUGCCUGACCUCACCCCAUUCUUCUCCUCUUGUUCCUGAAUUAGGUUAAUAAAGUGAAAUUGGUAUACUUUCCAUUUAAUUAUAUAUAUUUUUCUUAUUUUUAAGAAUUAAAAAGUAUAAAAGAAAAAUUAGGCAAUUUACCAUUUUCUAUUUUUUUAAUUUAUUUUUUUUUUAUUAGGAGAACAGCACUAUUAACAGACUCAGUGCUACAAGAGUUUUGGGUUUUGUUGGGUUGUUUGGCCUUUAUUUCCUUUUUCUCUUCCCCUCCCCUUUUACUUUACUUCGCAUCACACAAAUACGUGUAAGCGAUAUCACUAGUUUACCUCUUCAUUCUUAACAGGUAUGUAGUUCUUUAGGACAGUUGAUGUCUAUUAAGGUGAUAUAUGUGUGAAUGUUGAUUUGUCUUAUAUUACAUUAUACAGUAGGCAGGAUGUAGUGUUCAUAUUUGCACUUCUGCCAUUGAUCUAAAAAAAAAUGAAAUCUGGGGUUGACCUAGGCACCCUAUGAGAGAUUGGUAUAUAAUAUUUCUAUAUAAUAUAUUUUAUAGUUGAUAAUUACAGUAGCAUUUGGAUUUGAGUCACAGAAACCUGAAACUAAGAAGAUUAUGAUUCAAAAACUUUUAAGAGCCUUUAUACAAACAGCUACCAGAAGAGGUCCAGUAGUGGUUGAUGUGUUCAUGGAUGUCUCUGGUAAUUCUGGAAGACAAUGACUCUUCAUGCUGGCAGAACCAGGCUGUCCUUUUUCCCGUGUGCUAGCUCUGGAGGGUCUCCAGAGCUGUGCUUCCUUUUUUUGUGACACAUCUCUGCAUAUGCUGGUGUUUUGAAGAUGAAUGGUUUGUUGUUGUCCACUGGUAUACAAACUCAUAGGCAUUUCAUUAAGUAUGUGGACCAGGCUUUUAAAAGUGAACAAAAUGAAAAAAUAAGAGGGCACUUAUUUUUUUCAUUAAACAGAAAAAGUACAAUACAUGGGCUUUUUGGUGGUACUGUUUUUGUGAAUGUGGGAAUGGAGGUACAUGUCUUCCCAUUAGGUGCUGUGGAAUGUUUUUUGAGAAACCUAUGUCUGCCUAGUGAUCAGAUUUGCUCAAAAACUGCUUUAUGCAAUGAUACCCACUGUACUGAAAGUAGACUCUGUAAUGUUCAUCUGUCAGCUAUUAAGGGUGAAUGACAAUUGAAUUGAGUACAUGUAUGUCCCUAUGUAGCAAGAUUAGGACCCACCGGAGUGGAGAAAUUGACCUGCACUUUCAAAAAACUUCUGUUGUGUGGGAAUGAGACCUUGAACUAUCUUUUCACUCUGUCUUUAUUACAUGGCUUUACAUCUUUGAAGGGUAGACAAGAAAGAUAUUUUUGGUAGUUCUAGGCUUAAGUCAUGGGCUUCUUAGCUUUCUACCCAUCUCAAAGCAAUUAAUAGUGAUUUAUUAAACAUUUAGGUGUAUACCUUAUCUUGUGAAAAGUAUGCCAUAUAAUUCAGCAAGUACCAAAUUGUAUAGAUGCAGAAUAACCAUUUAAUUGACUAUACUGUUGAAUAAAUACAUCCUAUUUAUAGACUUGCAGAGUUUCAUAAAAUAAUUCCCCUGAAUGACAGCCAAGAACAUAAAAUAUUAAUAUCACUAAUAUUAUAGCCUAUUGGAUUUUGUGGAGGCAGAUACAAAUCAGGUUGACUGGGAAGAACUUCAACUUGAUGACUGCCAAAAUUUAAAAGCUCUAGCUUGGUUACUGUGAAUUCUGGCACUUUGAAGACAUUAACCAAAUGAAAUUCUGCUGCCCUCCACCAUUUAUUUUUAUAGUGCUUUCUUUGUGAUUUUUUUUUUAAUCACUUCCUCAGACUCCAUAUUACUUGGAGGAAAUUUAGUUGACUUCAGUGAUUUUAUUUUUCCCUACUAUUUUUUUAAAAAUAUGUGCCUGUUUUAAUUUCACCUUUCUUCACUUCAUGUGGAAUUUUCCCCUUCAUUUCUGGAAUUUUUUUUCAGUACCUUGUUUAAGUGGAGUUGAAUCAGAGUGAACUACUUGGUUUUGCAUAAGUGAGAUGCACUCACUCACUGACGAGAUAAUUGACUACGUAGUCAGAAUCUGUGCCUUGAGGGUUUAGUGGGACCCUGCCAGGAAUGACUUCAUGGGUUUCAUAUAUCCAUGUUCAAGACUGACACUUUGUUGACAACUUUUCACAUCAGAAGCUUGAUUUGAAAGUUGUUUAUAUAUUUGCUAUGAAGCUGGAUGUAUAUUUCCAAGAGUUCCAGCAGUACAUUAUUUAAAUAAUCAAACUUGGUAUUUUAGUGGCCACGUAUGUGUGCUUUACUACUUAAAAAAUUCUUUCUUUCCAGUUUAUUGAGUCCCAAAUUGAAACACCAGCUGAUGCUUUAGAAGCAUUAACUAGUAGGAUAAAAAUUGCUUAGUUUUAUCCCUAGCUUCAGCCCUAGUCUCAUUUCUCUUUUUCCCAAUGAAAUGUAUUAUUUUCAGAAAUAAACUAGAUCUCUAUUAAUAUUAUUAGUACUUGUAUUUCAUGAGAAAUGAUUUGAUUUGCAAGUUAUUUCUCAAAUGCAUUUGUGUUUUAUUUUGUGAGAUGAGAGACCUCAUAUGGCCAGCUUGAUUAAUUCAGAGUGUACCACUCUUAAAAAGCAAAGGAAUUCAGAGUCGGAUGCCUAUCUCUAUGUUAGAGCUGACAGACAAUAUUAACCUUUAUCAAGGUCAUCUUUUCAGAUGUGGUUUCCAUUUAUAUUAAAACUGGCCUGGCCAUGUCUAAUAAGUAAAAACUGAUGGAAAACAUUGGAAGUUAAGUCAUAGAAAUACUUGCCAUAGAUUUAGGGAUCAAGGAUUUGUUUAAGCUUAUAAAACUGCAUUCUUGAGAGAAAUAGGUAAUGUCAUAUGUAAAUGGCUGGCAACUUAUCAUUCCAGUGGAUCUCACACAUCUGCCUUAAAAGUGCUAAAUAGAGAUUCACAUUGUUUCAUUUAAUAAAACUGGAUUUUAAAAUCUAACCUACAAACAAAAACUAGAUUGAGUCACUUAAUCAUUUAGAAGAGAUUUGAGAAUGUUAUUUAUGGGCCAAAAAGCUCUUAAGAAUUCUGUCCCUGAUUUUAUUCCCUAAGUUAAACUCAGUGUUAUGGUAAUUUAACAAAGAAGUUAUUAUUACUGUAAUUAUUCUUAAUACUAUAUGGAGUUUAUUGGGUAAUUGAGGGUUGUUUGAUUAUUUCCUAAGUAAAAGUUAUAUGAAAUCCUUAGCUGGUUGAGUGUUGCACAACAGUUAAGGAUUAUGGUUUGAAGUGGUUCUGUGGGAGGGGAUUAUGACAGUGUACUCUAAACAUUAAAGUCAUGUAGCCAUAGUUUAAAAAUGCCCUUCUUAAUACUUCUUUAAAGCCCUGUUCAUCUUCAGUCUCAUCUCUUUGCAGAAAUUCUUGUCUGAAUUUCCAACAAGUUCUAAGUUGGUCUGGGAUAUGCAGGUGCCUCUACUUCCCCUCUGAAAAAAUUUAUAGCUAUUGGAGGAGUGUCAUAGAGAUGUGCAUGUAACAGUGCUUGUAGAGUAAAUCUUUGGACUCUUAAAUGCAAAGAUUUUCUGUGUUAGGUAAAUAACAUUAUUCUUUUAUGGUUUUUUCACUGAGGCAUCUUAUCUCUGUGUAAUUUAUCUUAAUGCUAAAUGACUUGACUAUCCAAAACUUCUUGUCUAGAGGUAGAUCAGUUGAAGGUCAGAGUUUCCAAGUUUGUUGAAAUAACAUUGAGCCAAUUAGCUUAGCUGAAUGACAUUUGCCAUAGUUCUUUUCCAGGAGUGGGAGGAAGAGUUCAUUAUUGUAGCCUAUCGCUGUUUUUGUUUUUCAAUGCUAUCUCAGAGAUUUUAUUUAUACAUGAUUUUUAACCUUGAGUUCCUCCUAUUAACCAAAUACUGUGAAUUGCAUUUCCAUUUAUUUUUCUUACCUAAUUUAACUUUAUUCUUGAGUUGUAUAACCCUAGAUUUCCCAGACUUUCUGUGGCAUUAUUUAGUUAGAACUGUUGUACGACUUGAGAAACACAGGUCAGAAUCAUUCUGAGGCAGUCAUGCUGUAUUGUCCUUGUUUAUGAUAAGAGAAUAGUGAAAUUCAAAAUUGUAUGUAUUAAAGAAGUAGUAUCAUUUACAUCUUGCUAUAAGAAUGUGUAUCGUUUUCAUUUGGGGAUAAUAAUGGCUAUGGCACCUUUAACUGAGGAGCCUGUGUGGCUUCUUUUCCUGGCACUAGGACUAUACUGUCUUAGAAUUAUUGGUAGAGUAUUACAAGUUUUAUAAGAUUGCUUGUGGAAUUCGGCAUACCACCAGAAUUGCCAUUUGCCUGUUAUCUUUUCAUUUUAUUGUAUUUUUAGCCCAUUUUUUCUGUUCCAACUUCUAUGGGUAGCAUUGAUUUUCUGCUGAAGUUAAGAACUGACUUUUAAUUUCUGAUGCAGUUGAAAAUUAGGAAUGGUUUUAAUUGCCAUGAAAUGAUUGGUGUUCAUUUUUUUCUUAAAUAAAAAAUAAUACAACCAUACAUGUCUCUUCCCAUCUAGAAUGUGGAUUUAGCUCCAAUCCAAAUGACUAAAUCUCAUUGUCAGCCAUCAAGCCAAUGGUAAAGAUCAUCUGGCAGCAGCAUCUUCUGUGGCCCUUAGUCGUUAGAGGCCUUAGGAAAUUAAAUUGGCUAGUGCUGCAGAAAGAAAUAUCCUGUGGGAAACGGACCUGGAUCCCAGUUCACAGCUUAACACAAAAAGCAAAGGAUGCUUCUAGUUGAUUCUGCAUUAAAGGUAAUCAUUGCAAAUUAGAUUUGCUAAUAUGCAGUAGUGUCCCCCAACACCGCCAAGCUUGCAUGAAAGUAGAAUUCCAUGCAGAUGUCAUCUGACAACCAGUGGAGUCAACAACAAAGAAAAAGGUGGUGGUGGGACGUUUGGUAGGAAAGGAGGCCAGUUCUAAGAAAUCAUUUACAAUUCGGAAAUCGCAUGUCUUCCUUUUUAUUUGCUAUUCAGAUAGCCUCGUAAGCUAUAAGGCAUUUGUGUGCAAUGUCGUAUUUUUGCCUGUCCAAGGCAUUUUGGGUGGGAACUAUUGAACCUCAGGACCAGAGCUUCAGAGAAUGUGGAAAAAUGGGAGCUUGUUGCUUAUGUAUUUGAAGGUUCACAAAUCUAAAUGAAUCAGAGCUCUUCAUUUUUGUGCAGUGCAUAAAACGACACAGUGCUAGGUAAAGACUGUCCAAAGGAAUCAAAGCUCAUGUUCUAGACCAUCCAGUUACUUGGAAUAGUUUAGGAAGUAAUUUCUUAGGUAGUUACCCAUACCUUGCUCCCAAGUAGUUGUGAGAAUCCUUAAAACAAAAUCCUGUAAAAUAAGCUUGAGAUCUUAAGCUAGAUGAGCAGUUUCCUGUGUACAGCCAGGUCUUCAGUAAGGAUUCAGAAGAAAACAGCAAUAAAAUAUUUUAAUGUGCACUUGCUGGGCUCCCAGGGGACUUGCCUGUUCAUCAUGUUUAAGCCCUGACUGCAGCAUAGCUUUGGUCUGUCUGGGAUGCUAGCAGUCCCAGAAGUCUGAGCUGUCUGCCACACAAGUACCAGCCUGAAGCUCAUCAUGCCUUAGUUCCAUUUACUGCUUAGCAAAUGCCAAAUUACUGGCAGGAAGGAGAAAUGCCCCAUGUGUGAUUUUAAGAAGAGUGAACAGUCCUGUGUGCAUGAUUAAGGAGUUGCUCAAGUAGCCAAUUGUGAGCUUUAUUUCUCUCCUUUGUUAACAAAUCUCAAAAAACUCUUACAGUUUAGCUAGUGUUACUAGGUUCGUGUUUAUUUGCUAGUCCAUUAAAAUAGGAAGAAAAUUGUCAUUUCAUGUAUAACUUAUAACCCAUACAGAAUUGAAUUGACAUGAAUUUUCAUACCUUAAAAUAAAUUAAUCAUAUGUAAUCCCAGGGGUCUGUGUUUAUUCUGCUUUGCCAUAAAUACAUGAGUUCUGGACAUUGAAAACAUUUGAUAGUUUUGGUUUAUUUUAAGUUUAAGUGUCAAUUCUUUACAAAUUCAGCUAUAGUAAGAGAGGAUCUUAAUCUCUCAAGGCCAUGCUCGCUUGCAUUUGCAAUAACUGUUCAGCAUGGUACCCUGAAGUUGCUGUAUUUUCCUUCUGGAGAUGAAAGGAGGAACACUGAAGACAGAGGUGUGUGGCUUUACAUUUUUUAAUUGUCCACUGUAAAAGUCCUAGUGUACUUCUAUCUUUGUAAAGAUUUGGCUUAAUUUUACAUAUGCAUGGUAGUUAUAUCUGUAAAAGCACAGACUACAUAGAUAACAUGGGAAGGUAAUUGUCAGCCCAACUCAAAAUUCAAUAAGACUGAAAUGAGUAGUCCUUUAAAAAGUCAUGUACUUGAUCUCCUUCUUGAAAUUUUUUUUUCCCCACAAAAGUGAUUUUGGUAACUAGCCAGUUGCAAACAAUUUUCUUCCUCAAUUGUAAAUCAUCCAGUUAGAAAAAUAGAAGUGAAUUUCUUUUCCUAGCCAUUACCUUUAUCCCAAGCAAGAGAUGCUGUGAUUGGCUAUCCUUUAAGCCAGCCUGCUUUUUUGACUUUUAUGAAAUGUAAUUUGAAAUGAAUUACGAUUGUAUAGUAUUAAUUAUCCUUUAUGUAUAUAGCCUUCAGCUCAAUUUAAAGGCUGCAGAAUGAUGUGAUAAUUUUCUCUGAGCAGAUUUCUUUGUGGCUAUAUGAAUAUAUGUAUGUAUUUUUUCUUUUUAAAGAGAUUCUUUCCUUACCACCAUUCCAUAAGCUAUGAAUAAUUGAUUCUUUGGCCUCA